UGCUAGCUAACUAGUGGGUGACAUAAACAUUAGAGAGAGAGAGAUGUUGGGUUCAUUUGGUUCACCCCAAGAGGAAGAUCAAGAAGGCCCAUCUUCAUCAGAAACCCACCACUACCCCCACCUACACCACCACCACCAGCAGAUCCAACCCCCAACACCACCGCCCCCACGUGGCUUCGCCACCUCCUCAAUCCACGCGCGCCAGCUCCUCAUCAGCAUCGCCGACCUAAUCCAACGCUCAGACUUCGCCGCCGCCCACCGCCUCACCGCCAUCCUCUCCUCCAACUCCGCCUCCCCCUACGGCGACUCCACGGAACGCCUCGUCCACCAGUUCACCCAAUCCCUCUCCCUCCGCCUCUCCGCCACGUAUCCCCCCAAUCCCUUCCUUUCCCACCCAAACAUACCCAAUCCCAUUACUGCCCCUCCACUCCCUCCAAAUAACCUCAUUGACAUCGAACCAGACCAAAACCUCCUCCACUCGGCCUACCUAAUCCUAAACCAGGUAACCCCAUUCAUCAGAUUCGGCCACUUAACGGCCAACCAAGCCAUUCUCGAAGCCGUCGACGGAACCCCCUCCGUCCACAUCAUCGACUUCGACAUCAUGCACGGCUUCCAAUGGCCGCUGUUAAUGCAAUCGCUAGCGGAGCGCUACCCUCCGCCGACGGUGCGCAUCACCGGUACCGGCACGAACCUAGAGCUCCUCAGACGGACCGGCGACCACCUCUCCAAGUUCGCACACUCUUUAGGCCUCAGAUUCCAGUUCCACCCCCUCUUACUGCACUGCAACCAGAGCGAUCCUGUAACCGCCCUCGUAGCAGCACAAAUCCCGAUAUUGCCUGAUGAAACCCUAGCAGUCAACUGUGUGUUGUAUUUACACCAGCUGCUCAGCGAUCGAGAAAGGAUUGGUCUGUUUUUAAGAAGGAUCAAGGGGAUGAACCCUAGAGUGGUGACGGUUGUGGAGAGAGAAGCCAACCACAACCACCCAGUUUUUCUAAACCGGGUGGUUGAGGCUGUGGAGCACUACGCGGCGGUUUUUGAGUCUUUGGAAGCGACUCUUCCACCGAGUAGCAAGGAGAGGAUGGAUUUGGAAGUCGUCUGGUUUGGGAGGGAGAUUAGGGAUAUCGUGGUGGGGGAGGGAAGUAAUCGGAGAGAGCGGCACGAGAAGUUUCCGGCGUGGGAAAUGCUGCUGAGAAGUUCGGGGUUUUCUAAUGUUGACCUCAGCCAUUUUGCGCUGUCUCAAGCGAAGCUCCUUCUGAGACUCCAUUAUCCUUCAGAAGGGUACCAGCUUCGGAAUCUCGGUGAUUGUUUCGUCUUAGGGUGGCAGAAUCGACCCCUUUUCUCUGUUUCUUCUUGGCGCUAAAUAUAAAAAUGGAGACUAAUAUAUUUCUAAUUUUCUUUAUAUUUGUAUUUAUUAAGUCUAAUAAUUAUCCCAGAAACCUCCCUAAACCCUAGUUUCUGCUCUUAAGCUUGCAUGUAUUUGCAUGAGAAAAAGAAAAAGAAAAACGAAACCUGAAACUUCAUGGGUUUGCAUCAAACUUCAGUAGAGUUUUUCUUAGGGAGCUGAAAGUGAAUGUUUUGUUCUUAUAGUGUAUUUUUAUUAGUGCUAGACGGGAUGGUUGGUUGAUAAAGAUUUUAAGAUUUGUAAGUGCACGUAAUUCUUAUUGUAAUUUAUAGUAUGUAUGACGAAUUGAAGAUAAGAUACCCACCAA